UUCUAGCAACACCUCAAGCCCUCAAUUCCAGCAACUUCUAGUAUCUAAAGGACUUUGCUUACCAUUACUAUAAAUACCAUCAACCCUAUCCCUAUCCCUAUCCAAGCCACGUGAGAAGUUUGAGAGAAAAGUCAGCGGUUUGCCCAAUACAGUCACACUAGCUAUCUACCAUUUUGGAAGUAAAAAUGAAACCCAUUGAUGACAAGAAAGAAACGGUGACAAUCCGCGCUGUGAGUCACGAUGAAGAAGGUCGAAAGAGAGUUGAAAAGACGGAGCUAAACACGCACAACAUCGACACUAUCAAAUACGUGGAGAAGAAACUCAUAGACAAGGGCGUGCAGCGCAUGGAUCGCCACCCCGCCAACGGGAUAGGGAUCGGCAGGCCUCCGCCGAAGUCCGGGCACGGUGGGAAGUACACGUGGGAGGGUCCGGAUGACCUGGCGGAGAGCGAGUUGAACGCGGCUCCGCCUGCUAUUGACGAGAAAGAUCCGAACUAUCUCGAUGAAGAGGCUGAGGAGAAGAUUCUGAGAGAAGAAAAGAGUGAGGUGGCGGGGUUCGUUGUUGGGGAUGUGGAUGUGGCGAAAUUGGCGGAGGAAAGGGAAGGAGUGGCGAGGGUUGAGAUUGAUCCUCACUUGAAGGUUAAGUGAUUGUGAUUAAAGGAAACG